AUGCUCGUUUACGUUGAUGAUAUUGUCAUCACUGGGUCCUCUCUUUCAGUUAUUGACAAAUUAGUGAGUGACUUGUCAGCCACCUUUCCAGUUAAAGAUCUUGGCCGACUUACCUAUUUUCUUGGGAUUGAGGUACUCCACAAUUCAGGGGACAUCACAUUAAUGCAGCGCAAGUACGCAAAUGAUCUGUUACAUCGGGAUCAUAUGGAGAAUUGCAGGAGUGUUUCAACCCCCAUGUCCGUCACAAAAAAGCUAUACCAAGAUCAUGGGAGACCACUAAACGAUGAAGACAUUUUUAAAUAUAGAAGCAUGGUUGGCAGUCUUCAGUAUCUGUAUCUGACACUAACCCGACCAAAUUUAUCUUUUGCAAUCAAUAAAGUGUGUCAAUUUCUUUCAAGGCCAACAUAUGUUCAUUGGGAGGCAGUCAAAAGAAUCUUAAGAUACGUAAAAGGCACAUUAGACACUGGUCUCAGAUUUAGACAAUCAAAGUCAACACUUUUGGGUAUCUUUACUGAUGCAGAUUGGGCAGGUUGUUUAGACUAUUGCAGGUCCACAGAUGGUUAUGCUAUAUUUCUUGGACCAAAUCUGAUUUCUUGGAGUUCUCGCAAGCAACCUACUAUGUCUAGAUCAAGUACUGAAGCUGAGUAUAAGGCGUUAGCUAAUGGGACAGCAGAGGCGAUAUGGUAUUUCCUUUGUGCUGAGAGGAGAACAUCGUGUGUAGGGCGGUCCACAAUUCUUGAGAAAGGGUUGGCAAUUUUUCUUGCUGCGUCGCCUUCACCUGUGGUUACGGUGGCAGCAGGGGCGGCUGUAGUUCCAUCUAGGUAUCCAAAGAGCUGGACACCUCUCAGAAUCGGGACGACUUGA